AAUAAUAGCUCCGAUGAGGUGAGCAAAUCAAGCGCUUCAUUUUUUUCUCCUGCCUGUGAUGUUAGCGGCCUGUCGUGACUUCCCCUGGGCUGACUUGUAAACAAACAUUCACUGUUUCAGAAGACGACAUUUCAUGUGCUAGGUGCACCAAAUGUUCCGCAAUGAGGUAGCCACUUGAAACGGCAGCAUCACUAUGACACCGGGGGCUUGUUCCUAUCGCCGCAGCAUUUGAAAAGUGCAAAAACAUUUGACAGAGACGACCCGAGGGCUAAAGCGAUCUGUGAUUUCAUUAUGGAACAACAGCACCAAGACUCCCACCUUUGGCCACCACCCAGCUCGCUCUGCACCCGACCCCUUUGGCCUGACGGGGCCCAUGGUGCAGGGUUUGGGUGCCUCCUGGACACCUCCCUGGGGAGAAGUUAUCAUUAUCAGCUUGAAAAACAAAUAUUGUGAAUCUCUAGUCGUGGGAGACAAAGUGAGCAAAAACAUGAAAAGCAAAAAAAAUAAGAACUUUGUUCUGCUGCUUCUUUUUGUUGUUUUUCAAAGUCACAAAUAAGACGGAGCUGCUGUAAGUUGCUUUAAAUGGGGGCGUGGCCCACAGCAGCACUUGCUGUUUGUUUGCAAGAGCGAUAAGUUUUUUCAGAGUCUCCAAAAGUCUCUUCGUGACGGUUGUCGCUGGUUGCAUUUUUGAAAAAGAGCAUCUUGAGGUGUCUGAUUGCGCGCUAAAUACUGUAUAGCGACCGAGUCGCUCAAUUCACAACACUGAUCCCUUCCUGCUCUGUUUUCGUAUUCUCUGGCAGACCAGGUGCUUAAAUCUGAAGUGGAGUUAUGAUGCCCCCUACUGUGCAGAGUUGUAAAGACAAGCUACAUUCACAGACAGUUCCACUAUAAAGUGCUUCUGAGUGACGGCAAAUAGGUAGCGCCAAUUGUAUUUGUGGCGGUCCGGCACAAAUAAAUGAAUGUUUGGGAAGCAAUGUCAUUGGCUAAGCCACGUCCCAGAAAUGCAGACUGACCAAGCACGGAACAGGCUCCGCCCAGGGGUCCGGCACUUUGCUAACAGAGAUUUUUUGCUAUAUUAUUUUCUAUACAGCCGUCCAUCGCAAUAUCGCGUUUGAACGAUCUCACCCUCGCUGUAUCGCGGUUUUCUAGAAAUGAAUGAAUUCACAAAUGACUGCUGUUUUGUGGUAGACUGUGGUCUAUUAUUCGUCAAAACAUAUGGAAAGCCAAGUGAUAUGUAGUACUGUGGUCACUAGGCAGCAGUGAUGACGCAAAACAUUGACGAGACAUUAUCUUAGAUGACAUUAGCUUAACAUGACAUGAAGUCAUGACGUCAGCCGUGGCAUGUCCCACACCAUAGAGUGAAAAAAAGUUAUCCUCCCAUUCUAUGUGGAAGUGGUAAGUUUUUGGCCUCUUAAGGUUAGAAGAAAUAAAUUUGAGGCUAACUGGUUAGCUCACUAGCUAGCAGCCGUCUCGAGUCCCUGCAGCGUAAGACUUGCACAAUCUGGCGUUAACAAUGAAUAAUACGAGUGUAAAGGUGAUUAAAGAUUCAUGUCUACAGUACUCAAACUGUAUUGAGAAAGUCAUAAACAUGUUUUCUAUGCUCUAAGUCUGAAAAUAUUCCAUUUAUUGACGUUGAAUCCUAUAUCACGGAUAGUCAUUUAUCACAGUCUGGUCUGGAACCAAUUAACCGAUAUAAACGAGGGACCAGUGUAUGUCCAAAAAACAGUUUAUGGUUAAAAGAUAAGUUAUCCAGAGAGGUUGUAGGGAAAUAGUUUUUCUUGUUUCCUUUGUAAUACCCCAAAAUACUAAGGAGUAUUGCAGACUCUGCCUGGAUAAAGCUAUCUGUCAUCAGUACUGUCAUUUCAACUAAUAGUCCAGGAACAAUGUUGAAGCCUUAGUGUCAUUUUCCUCCGUCUCCAUCCUCAGGCAAUGCGCUAGUUCACCUGUGCUGUACAUAUUAGCUUCCAUAUUUAUUUGUUUUGCACUGUUCCUCAGACUUUGCUUCUGUCUGAAAUUGGAAAUAUUUUGGAUAUUAUUUCUCCAGGGAGUGCAGACCGUGGAAGAGCCACGAUAGCUUGACUGAUUUAGCAACAGUAACCUGGGGGGGCAGGUCACUUUCACGCCAACUCGCUUGUCCACAUUUUUGUAAUGUCAUAGCUCAACUGAGAAAUUUUGUCUCGACUAAAAGCAUGGCAGCCAUACAGUAUUGUACAAAACGUUUUAGGCCCCUGUUAGAUUUGUCAAAAAGCACAGACAACAGAAAAGUCUGUUGUUUCUCGGGGUAUUAUUAAUCUCCUCACUCCCUCUUGAUUCAGUAGUAUCUUAACUCCUAAUCCACCCUUCAGGCCCACAUAGACCCACUGACCAAGCAUUGACAUCUUCACCGGACUGUCCUACGUUUCUCAUCGUGGUGGGCCUGCCGUCUGCACUUCUACUACCUUUGGAGGACAGUUUGUACGUUUCUUUCCUGCGUGGCUCUGUGGUCAGCCGCUGACCCCCUGCUCACCCUGUAACUCUACUCUGGGAUUAGACGGUGGCCUCGUUUGUCAUGUCAGCGGGGAGGUUUCGGGGGGAUGGUUGUGUCUGCAUCAAAAUGAAGUGACAAACUGCUAGAGGUGGUCGGCUGGGAGGGAGUACCGUAGUUGUUGAGCUAGCGCAGGUUGGCUGAGGUUGUCGGUCUGGUCAGAUAUUGUGUAAUCUAACAAGAUAAUCCAACAAGGUAACUUCAUGAUUAAGCACUGUUACAUCCUAACAGGUUCAUUUAACCUCUUUUGUUUGCACAAGUGAGCCCAUUGUUCCUGCUCAGACAGCUGGUGUACCGGGCAGAAGGGCCUCCCUGAAUGUAGCAAACACUCUCCCAGCGCCCCCGCACAUGUUCACUCUCGUCCGCUGUCUUUGCUGACCCCAGACACGGACACGUGUUCCUAGAGUAAGGAAAAAGGGGAGGAUUUUAGGAAGGACAGUGACUUGUGGUUGGUCAGGAGGCAACUUGAGGCUCAGAAAGAUGCGUGGCUGUUGAGCAGAGCGGUUGCUUGCGGACACUGCAUGCUUGUGGUGAAUGAGACAAAACUUUCCUGAUGGAAAUUACUUUAUCGACUUGACUGACAUGUUGUACAGGAAUUGGUGGAAAGUUCUGAUUGGGUGGAGAUCCUGGAGCCACGCUCCCGUGAGCGUAUGUAUGUGAACUUGACCACCGGUGAAUGCGGCUGGGAUCCCCCUCUAGGCGCUCCUGUCCGCCAGGCAGACGGUAACCAGUGGUGGGAGCUGUUUGACCCUCAAAGUGGCCGCUUCUACUACUACAACUCCACCGGGCGCCGUACAGUCUGGCAUCGGCCGCAAGGGGCCGAUAUAGUUCCCCUUUCCCAGCUUCAGGCCAUGAAGCGUUGCAGUGAGGCCAAGCGAGCGGGAGUGGGUGUAGACAGGCACCACCAUGGGACCACAGGGAGUGUCAGCAGUGUAGGGAGCCAAGGACAGUGCACCCCUUCGCCUGAGCAAGAUGGAGACAGCCAUGAGACCGUAGAGGUAGCUGUGGAUGUCAGAUCACAGGCGGACGGAUGCAGCAGUCAACACAGAGAACCGCAGAGGGAUGACCCUCAAAGAUGGCAGCCUGCACCAGGUUCUAAGGCGGCCAUGUUGGUAAAGGUGAACAGCAUGAGUCGGAGCCAGCCGAGCCCAGCUUCGCAGCAGCAGCAAGCCCAGCACAAUGCACACAACAAAGCCAACACCUUCACGCCCCACCCAUCCAGCAACAAGACCCAAGGAGGAUGCUUAAGCUCCACCCAAGGAUAUAAAAGUGCCCCCUCCGGCAAAGCGGCAGCUGACCCACGCCAGGCCCAUCACCUGAGAACAGCCAGUAAUGGCAGCUUCUGUUUAACAUCAGACAGUAGUCACCCCAGCCCAGUCCUUCACAGGUCACAGACCAGCACACCACGCCCACUCUCCCCUCAAUACGGCUGCAGUGCCCCGAUCUAUGACGAGCCAGUUACAGACUGCCCCAUAUAUGACGAACCCCCAAUAGACAUGGAGGUGGAAGGGGCACACCUUUACAAUGGGCAACAACUGUCUCGCCUGACACCCUCCCAUAGCCUCCAGAAACCAAGACUUGUCCAGCACCCUGUUCCACCUCACCCAGGUUCCAGACAUAGAAGAAAUCCUUCUGCGUCUGAUUACAGCCCAGCUGGUCUGGAGUGCAUCAAACAUAUGAUCAACGUAGACCCCAAGCAGGGGCUCCUAUCUGGCUCCCCCCUACCCACACGCACCCCCUCACCUACCUCUAGGCAAGACGUUGCCCCAACCCAGCCUCAGGCUCAGCCACAUCCCCAAUCACAGGCUCAUUCUUUGCCCCAAGUUCGAGGCCAGUUGAGGGACAGGGAAGCGGUGACCCCAGGCCCAAGUACACUGGAUAAGAAGCAGAGCUGGCGAGUCCUGGAGGCUACAGUGCAGCGCGCCAUGGAGGCACGACACAGCAGGCAGAGCAGCCAAGCUUCACAGGACUUCACUUCUUCAACACCACAGGCAACUGCCAACUAUCAAGAUUCUGGUUACUCGACCGGGCCUUCUCCAAGUCUGAGAAGGAAGAGCAGGAGAAGGAUGGGACCCGGGGGAGGUGCCGGAGUCCGGCCCGGGUCGGUCGGCAGCAGCGGGGAGCUGUGUGCCCUAAAUGAGAGGCUGAUGGCUGAGAUGAGGGAAGUAGUGAGUCGUUCCAACACUAUGAGGGAGGUGAGAGUGGGACCGGAUCCCGAGGUAGGCGAGAGAGUGAUGGCAUCCCGGACACGCUCCCCUGCAGACUCACUCAGGUGGUACGGAGGAGGGGGAGGCGCGUCAGCCAGCGGGUGCUCAUCCCGAGAGAACAUCACUGGGGCUUCCCGCUCUCCAAGCAAGGCGGGUAGCGCUGCGCUGACCCCUCUGGAGAUACCAGGGCGGCAGAAAAGGCCGUAUGAAAAAGUUGACACCUUGGAGAUGAGCAUUCAUAGCCAAGCCAGCCUGUCUUCACCUGAGACUCCAGGACCGCCCUCUCAGGUGGGCACCCUUGAACAGCAGGCUCAGUUGGAGAACAGAAAGAAAGACCUGGUGGAUGGACGGAGUGCAUCUCUUGGCCCACAUCGGCCUGCCAACCAUGAAAACCGAGAAGGAUCUGAUGGAACAAAAGCUGCGGAAACGUCCUACCAGUUCUCCUACGCCACCCUGCGCCAGCCGCCACCUCCAGUCAUGGGCAUGGAGGACUGGGCCAGCAAGCACCUCAACAUGCACACACAAGGCCUGUUCCGGCGCCGGGUCUCCAUCGCCAACAUGCUAUCUUGGAAUCGAGGUUCCAUUAAAAAGCCCAUGCUCGUCACCAGCAACCGCGCCAUCAGGAAGGAGGCUUGCGAAAUGUUCAAGCUGGUCCAGACCUACAUGGGGGACAGGCCGUCUCGUCUGGACCGCCGUCACUGCGCGCUACUCAUAGUCACCAAGUGCUGGGACAUGCCGGGCCUGCGGGAUGAGCUGUACGUGCAGCUGGUGAGGCAGACAACGGGAAACGCCAGCCCCAGAAGUUUGGCGGCAGGGUGGGAGCUGAUGGCUGUCAGCUUGGCCUUCUUUGCCCCGUCACCUAAGUUCCGCUGUUACCUGGAAGGCUACAUCCAGAGACACAUGGAGCCCACCAGCGACAAGAAAUGUGAGUCUCAGACUGAGCAACACGUGACUCAGUUCAUAUUGGAACAACAGGAAGUGAAAUUAAAGAAGAACUCAAAAUCCAGGAAAAAGCGUAAACAAAACACAGAGGACGAAGAAGGCUUGCCUGUCAGCACGUACGCCAAGUUCUGCCAUCGGAAACUGCAGAAGGUGGCCAUCACGGGAGGCAAAAAGGGGCUACGGAAGCCCACCUUGGAAGAGGUGGACCACAGUCGGCGAGCCAUCGUCACCCCGUCCCUGUUUGGAAGCUCACUGGAGGAAGUCAUGGAGAGGCAGAGUGAACUCUUUCCAGACAGGAAUUUGCCCUGGGUGCAAGUUCAACUUUCCCAGUAUGUUCUUGCUCUGGGUGGGGCUCAGACGGAGGGCAUCUUCAGAGUGCCGGGCGACAUCGAUGAAGUGAACGCAUUGAAGCUUCAAGUGGACCAGUGGAGGAUCCCUGAGAACCUGUCAGAUCCCAACGUUCCCGCCUCCCUGAUGAAGCUGUGGUACCGGGAGCUGGAGGAGCCGCUCAUCCCCAUCAGCUUCUACAAGCAGUGUGUCAACAACUGCGAUGACCCGGUGGCCGCCAUUGCAGUGGUUCAGUCUUUGCCUGAGCUCAACAGGCUGGUGCUCUGCUACUUCAUCCAUUUCCUACAGGUGUUUGCUCAGCCGUCUAAUGUGGCGAUAACCAAGAUGGAUGUCAACAACCUGGCCAUGGUGAUGGCCCCCAACUGCCUCCGGUGCCAAUCGGACGACCCGCGCAUUAUCUUUGAGAACACACGCAAAGAGAUGUCCUUCCUGAGAAUGCUUAUAGUUCACCUGGACACCAGUUUCAUUGAAGGGGUGGUGUAGACUCACAACACCCCCCCGCCCCCCGGCGUAGUCAUGCAGACAACACUGGAAAGUCUUGACAUAUGACACUUUUUAAAAGCAUCAGCGGAGGGUUGAUUUUGUCAAAUGAUACUAAAACGGAGUUACUCAGUGUUCCCGCCAAGGAAAUCUUAUUCACAAACGCAUGCGAUGACAAAUGGACCGUUUCCUACCGAAAGUGGGCAACUAGUACUACGGCUGUGCCAUAAAGUCCGGCUAUUUACAAGCAUUAAGCCAGGGGUGUCCAGAGUGCGGCCCGCAUCUCAGCCUAAAAAUGCAAUUUAACACUAAGAAAAAAACAACAGCAGCAAAAAUGGGAAAAUUAAUCAAAAGUCAAAAUAUGAAGAGAAGAGUUGUAAUCUAGCAAGGAAAAAAGCCAUAGUUUCACAAGAAUAAAGUCAUAGGAGGAGGAAAAAUGUCAUUUUAGGAGCAUGACGUUGAAAUAUUCAACAAAAAAAAAAAAUUGUUUUUUUUUAAA